AUGGCACAUCGGAUACAAACACCAACAAACCAGAAACUUUUAACAAAUGUUGCCGUGGUACGGAUGAAAAAAUGUGGAAAAAGAUUUGAAGUUGCGUGUUAUAAGAAUAAAGUAGUUAAUUGGAGGAACAAGACUGAGAAGAAUAUAGAUGAAGUUCUCCAAACCCAGACUGUUUUUUCAAAUGUCUCUAAAGGUCAGGUAGCAAAACGUGAUGACUUAAUUGCAGCGUUUGGGAUGGAGGAUCAACUGGAAAUCUGCAAGAUGAUAUUGGACAAAGGUGACCUUCAAAUUUCUGAGAAAGAACGUCAGGUGCAAGCGGAAUCGUCGUUCAAGGAAGUGGCAAACAUGAUUGCCAACAUGUGCGUCAAUCCCGAAACGAAAAGGCCUUAUUCAAUUGCAGUAAUUGAAAAAGCGUUGAAAGAUGUACACUUCAGCAACAAAGCAAGCUCUUCGUCGAAGAAGCAGGCUUUGGAAAUGAUUCCAAAAUUACGUGAAACUAUGAAAAUUGAUCGCGCAGAAAUGCGGCUUCGUACUUCAGUAGAUUCAAAAGAGGCUAAAAAAGUUCACACCAAGCUUCGAGCGUUGUUCAAGACCAUAGAAGUGGAGGACUGGGAUGCACAUGGUAAUUUGGAACUGAUCGGUUUAAUUGAUCCAGGAUCGUAUCGCGUUGUGGACGAACUGUUGAGGAAAGAUGCGAAGAAUGCGGGACGCUUAGAGUUGCUAAGUCUCAAAGUUAUAAAUGACGGAGAUAUUGAAAUUUCUUAA